AUGUCUUCCAACAAUAGUACAUUGGACAAUCUUCCUUCUCUCCCAGAGAAUGAAAAUGAUAGCGAGUACUUUAACAUUUGGCGAUCCCGAAUCUUUACGAAAAUCUCAGAUCUUGUUCUUGCCUAUAGAAAUACAAAAUCGGAGCAAGAUUUGGAAAAUCUUUCAAAUUUCUUUUUUGAAACAGUUGAAACCUAUCUGUAUAAAAUCAAAGAGAAAACGCCGCAAAAUUCCUUUUUCAUGUUGACCUUCUUUGAUAAUUUGAGACAAUCUAAUGAUACUCUCCCCAUUCUCAUGACAGAAAAAUGUGCCCGAUAUUACAGAGAAGUCAUUGCCAAUCCUGAAUUUGGAGCUAACAAGUCGGAACAACGAAAUGAGCAUUGGUCCUUGUUGUCCAUAUUUCAGGACUUGUCAUCUUUUCCAGAAGAGUUUGUCAAGUGUGGUUAUCUGCAACUCAUGAUCGAUAUGAACAUGGUUGAACGAUUCUUCCAUCAACGAAAUAUCAUGUUUCAACUCAUGCAAAUCUUUCAGAAAAUAGGUUCACUUCCAGAAUAUUCUCAUUUAGUGAUUACAUACAUGAUUCAAGUUCUGAAGGCCAUUGAUCCAAAUUCACAUGAUUUUAAAACCAUGUUGACAUGGAUCCAAAAUAUAGUGAAUCUGAAUCGAGAUUUAUUGAAUCAAUUUCCAAAUGAAUUUGCUUGGCUCAAAGAUUGUUUCUACUCAACAAGAAUCAGAGCUGUGAAGGAUUUAUUGAUCAAUAUAUUUGGAGAUAUAUAUGAGAGUGAAUUUGUUUCAUUCUUUGUGGAAUAUGCAGGAACAAAGAAAAAGUUUUCGUACUUGAUUUCAAAGCAAAUUGAGCCUACCGUUGAGGAUAUUGCACGAUUUAUUUUAGAGAAAUGUGUGGAUGACGUAGACUGUGUCACCAAAUAUGAGUUAGAAUUUUAUGACGAAGACAUUGAGGAUUAUGUGGAAUUUGAAUUUGCAGAUCCUCAAAUAUUCCAAAAACAAGGAGCAGUUGCUAAGUUUAAACUGAAAACAACCAUUGACCAAACCAAAGCAAAACCCAAGCAACCAGUUGUAAACCAGAGUCUCUCAGAAAGAUCCAACAUUCCACUCUCUGAAAAACCAUCAUUGAUCGAUAUUUCUGAAAAAGAUCUCGUGAGUGAUCAUGAUGUAAAUAAUGUAAACAUUCAAAUGUCAAACAUGGACAUGUCUGGUAUAGAACUGUCAGCGCUGGAAAUGUCGACACAGGAAAAACCUCAACAAAAACCAACACAACCAUCUGCUCACCAAGAUUCCGGAAUUCAAUUAUCCAACAUGUCUGGUAUUGAAAUGUCAGGCAUUGUCAUGCAAUCAGAGAUUUCUGGAAUACAAAUGUCAGGAUUGGGACAGGACAUGUCUGCAUUUUCUCAGUUCAAUAGCGACCAUCAACAGGGUACAGGUCAACUGGACAUGCCAUCUUUCAUGUCCACAAACGAAAUUCAAAACAAUAACCACUCACACAACAGCAUGAUGGACAGUGUCAUGGGUGGUAAUAGUUUAUUGAGUGAAAAUUUCGAUAUUGCAGAUUCUAUUAAGGAGCCAGCCAUAAUUCCUCAAAAAGAAAAAGCAAGCAAUAAGAUUGUCAAUGAAACUUACAAGCUUCAACAUCGAAUUGACUCCAAAGAUUCCAACAAGAAAGUUUUCACAGCCAAAGAUCUUGCAAACAAAUCAGCACCUCCAUUGGUCAUCAAAUAUCUUCCUAUUCGAUCCACUUUAGAGUUCAAUCGUUGCAUGAAAGAAGGAGUUCAAAUGAUUCGAACUGGAAGAAUUAUUUUACAAAAGAAGAUCCCUCUUGCCAAUGUCUUCGAUGUCUUUGAAGAGGAAUAUAAGGAAUCGAAUAAGGCCUCUAUUCGUUACAUGUGUUUCGCCAUGCCUUACUAUGAAAAAGGAAAUUUACAAGAUUUCAUUCAGAAACACCAUUUCAUCAUGAAUUCCACACUUGUGAUAUCCAUUUUACAACAAAUUACUAGCGCCAUUCAUUUCCUGCAUUCUCAAAAAACUGCUCACAAGAAUAUCAAAUUGAGUAAUAUUUUCAUUCAAGAAUUAACACCUCCUCAGAAUGGUCAAGGUGGAUCCAUCGUUUUAGCAUUAACAGACUAUGGAAUUUCACAAGAUUUGUCCAAUUCUAUUGUUCCUGAAUUUAAGGUUCUACAAGACUUUUCAUCCGAUGUUUCUCUUGAGAGAUAUCAAAGAGCUGACAUUUGGCAGGCAGGCCUUGUAUUUACUCAAAUCGUGUGCUGCCUUUCCAAUCCAAGUGCUGCCCUCACUCUCCACUCUGUCAACGAUGUCAUUGAAAAGAGUGGAGCAGCUGCCUUGGAUUCACUCUUACUUUCAAACAAUAGUCUCCUACUUGAUUUAUCCUCCAGAUUGCCCUCUCUCAAAACUCUUCUCACCAAAAUGCUUCAUGUUGAACCCAAUGAAAGACCUUCCGCUCAAGAAGUACUCUCUAAUCUUUCUGAUUUGUAA